CCGUCGUCCAAGCGAUGCUCAUUGAGCCUUGCAGCCAGCUUCUUGCCGGCAGCUUCGAGCUCCACCGAUGGUUCCUCUCUGGGGCACAAGAGGAGAACAACAUAAUUUUCAAUGUGGAACGCAACGCGGAAGAGCGCCUGAUCGGCGCUGCUCCUGACAAUGCCUUGGGUGCCUUACCGUGGCAGUGAAUGGUUGCAUGCAGUGUUCGUGUUGAUUCUUCGCAUGAUUUGCGAGCACAAUGACAUAUUCAGUUUGGCCAUCGGCAUCAGCUCGGCCCGUUCACCGUUCAGCUUGCUACAUGUGCAAACAGCACCGUCGCUCAUCGGCUCGGGGCCACAGACAGCUGCGCACGCGCGGCGCCUCGUCUACCUCUUCUCUCUGCUUUCGGACAGCGUCAUGACCAAGCAGAUUAUCUGCAUCAAGGCCCUCGCAGCCAUCGCCGGCCCGCAAGCGGGUAAGCUGCUGAAAGAGCGAGACAGGAUCCAGACGCUCGCGAUAACGACUUUCAGCAUCGAACAAUUCCGCGCCGCGGGCAAGAGUGCAGGCUGCAAGAUCGUCUAAUCGUACAUCAACCCGCUCGAGGCGCACUUCUACGACGUUGAGCGGACGCCCGUCGUAGCGCGCACACUUCCGUGCUCGCUGGAGAGCAGGGCGGUACGCUGCUUGCAGAUGCACUGUUGCGCCUCGACAAAGCAGAGCAGGACUUGAAGAAGGGUCUGAGGCGCAACAUGC